AUGAAGCUGAGCGUCUUCUCCGUACUUUUUUUCGCCAUCGCCUUCUUGUCUGAGGCACUUCCACUGAGUAACAUUGAAGACAUAAACCUCAUCCAAGACUCUACUGGAGAAGAACUGGCUGAAAACUUUGUGGGAUCCGGACCAGGCGUUACUAAGAUCAUCCUGGUGGCAGACGCCGGCCUGCUGAGAAUGCUGACGGCUCUGGAAAAGAAAAUGCCUGAGAGGAUCCUGAAUCCAGAUCGCAGAGAUGGAAGCCCUGACCUCGGCUCCAGUAUCUCCAUCAUAAGGAGGGACACCAAGAGGUGCAUGGUGGGAAGGGUCUACAGACCAUGCUGGGAAGUCUAG